CCCACCCGACAUGGGGGUGUUUGGGAAUGCUGCUGGCUCUGCCGACAGGCUGCUCCACAGGGGGCUGUGGGCUCUGCUGCUGCUGCUCUCUGUGGCCAUCUACGGCUCCCACGCCCCCCUGCUGACCCUGUGCAAGGUGGAUGGGGCCAUCCCCUUCAGCUCCACGUCCGUGGUGGUGCUGGUGGAGCUGACCAAGCUGUUGCUGUCGGUGCUGUCGCUGCUGCCGGGGCCGCGGGAGCCGCUGCCGGCGGCGCUGUCCUGGCGCCACGCCGCGCCCUUCGCCCUCUCCGCCCUGCUCUACGCCGCCAACAACAACCUGGUGGUGCACAUGCAGCUCUUCAUGGACCCCAGCACCUUCCAGGUGCUCAGUAACCUGAAGAUUGUCAGCACGGCGCUGCUCUACAGCCUCCUCUUGCGGCGGCGCCUGGGCCCGCGCCGCUGGCUGGCCCUGCUGCUGCUGCUGGCCGCCGGUGUCACCUACAGCUGCGGGGGGCUGCGGGGACACGGGGACGCCGCAGGGACACGCCUGCACGUCACCCCCGUGGGGCUGCUGCUGCUCUCCGUGUACUGCCUCAUCUCGGGCCUCUCCGCUGUGUACACUGAAGCCAUCCUGAAAAGCCAGGCGCUGCCCCUCGGCCUGCAGAACGUCUUCCUGUACUUCUUUGGGGUGCUGCUCAACCUGAUGGGAUCCCUGUGGACUGGCAUGGAGGGUGGGUUCCUGGAGGGCUUCUCCCUGUGGGUGCUGCUGGUUGUGUUCAGCCAGGCUCUGAAUGGCCUCAUCAUGUCCGUGGUGAUGAAGCACAGCAGCAACAUCACCAGGCUCUUCAUCAUCUCCUGCUCCAUCCUGGUCAAUGCUCUCCUCUCUGUUGCCCUCUUCAACCUGCAGCUCACCCUCCUCUUCUUCGUGGCUGUGGCAUGCAUUGGCCUGGCUGUGCACCUGUACUAUGGAGUCACAUAGUCACUGCCUU